UGGAAGACCUGCCCUCCGUGCAGCCGCUCUGGGCAUGGUGUUCGCUGAGCUCUUGGACAAAGCCGGAGGCGCAGGCCUCUUCCAGGUGCUGCAGGUGCUCACCCUCAUCUUGCCGUCCAUCCUGAUGCCCUCCCAGAUGCUCUUGGAGAACUUUGUGGCCGCCACCCCAGACCACCGCUGCUGGGCUCACAUGUUGGACAAUGGCUCCGAGGCCCCGGCAAACCUCACCCCCGAGGCCCUCCUGAGGGUCUCCAUCCCACUGGGCCCCAGCCACAGGCCCCACCCGUGUCGCCGCUUCCGCCAACCACAGUGGCAGCUCCUGGACUCCAAUACCACAGCCACCAACUGGAGCAAGGCUGCCACGGAGCCGUGCGUGGACGGCUGGGUGUACGACCGCAGCACCUUCACCUCCACCAUCGUGGCCGAGUGGGAACUGGUGUGUGACAACCAAGGCCUGAAGGCCCUGGCCCAGUCCAUCUUCAUGGCCGGGAUCCUGGUGGGCUCCAUGGCCUGGGGCUUGCUCUCCCACCGCAGGUUCGGGCGGAAGCUGAUGCUGACCUGGUGCAUGCUGCAGGUGGCCCUGGCUGGCACCAGCACCGUCUCUGCCCCCAACUUCCUCGUCUACUGUGGCCUCCGAUUUCUGAGCGCUGUGGGAAUGGCUGGCAUCAUCAUGGCCUCAGCUGUACUUGCGGUGGAGUGGACCGUGAGCCGCCAGAGGGCUGUCACCAUGACAACACUGGGGUGCUCCUACAGUGCCGGCCAGAUGACCCUGGGGGGCUUGGCCUUCGCCCUGAGGGACUGGCGAGACCUCCAGCUGACUGUGUCGACGCCCUUCUUUGCUUUCUUCCUGAUAUCCUGGUGGCUGCCAGAAUCUGCCUGCUGGCUGAUGGUUAUGGGCAAACCCGACCAAGCACUGCAGGAACUCAAAAAGGUGGCCAGGAUAAAUGGCCACAGGGAAGCCGAAAAGACACUGACUGUGGAGGUGCUGAUGUCAAGCAUGGAGGAGGAGAUGGCCUCUGCAAAGGCCCACAGGUCGGUGUUCAACCUGUUCCGUGUGCCCGAGCUCCGCUGGAGAGCCUGCAGUCUGUUCUUGGUGAACUUCUUCUUGAUGAUCUCCUACUACGGGCUGGUCCUUGACCUGCAGAACCUGGGGAGUGACAUCUUCCUCCUCCAGGUCCUCUUCGGAGCCGUGGACAUCGUGGCCAGGGUCACCACUGUCUUCUUGUUCAGGUUCUUCGGCCGCCGCAUGACCCUGGCCAGCUUCCAGACCUUGGCUGGUCUCUGCAUCCUGGCCAACAUGCUGGUCCCACAGGACAUGCAGACCCUGCGUGUGGUCUUCGCAGUGCUGGGAAAGGGGUGUUUUGGCAUCAUCUUAAACUGUAUGAUCAUCUACAAGCCUGAACUCUUCCCAACUUCCCUACGGAUGACAACAGAUGGCUUCCUGCAGUCGGCAGGGCGGCUGGGGGCUGUGAUAGGUCCCCUGAUCAGGAUGACCUGCCAGGCCGUGCCCCUGCUGCCCCCCAUCUUGUAUGGCACUGCCCCCAUUGUUGCCAGCCUCAUUAUUCUGCUCUUCCUCCCGGAAACCCAAGGCCUUCCGCUCCCUGACACCAUUGAGGACCUGAAGAACCAGAGAUCAGCAGCAGCCAGGGCCAACCGGCAGAAGGUGGUCAUUAAAGAAAACACCUAUUUCUAGAAAUCCAGCCUGCAUGGAACCCCUUUGGUCAAGGAGCCUACAAGGCAUUGACUCCCAUGGGUGGGAGGGUUUGGCACCCGGGGCCAGGCCACCAUGACUGAGUGGGCAGCGUGGCCAACUGCAAGGCCAAAGGCCCUUCACUGGCCGCCUCUCACUCCCCACCCUGGCCAGACUCCGCCCGCCCCAGCCCUGCACACGAGCCUGUGGCGGAGCCACA